AAGGGCAAUGAAGCUGGUGAAGGGUCUCAUAAACGACCAUAAAAACACACACGGGGAUGCACCGCGGCCACUGCCAUCCGCGCCGCCGAGGUGGAACAACCCCCGCCAGCCUGCCUUCAGCCGGAGGGGGGCAUUUUCGGCCAGGUACCCCCAGCAGGCUCCCAGGGAUUUCCAGCUGUGCCAGGGUCACUCCUGGAGGAAAAAAUACUCCCUCGUCAACCGCCCGCCGGGAUCGGCAUGUGACGUUGGAAGCGGUGAAAGUGCCAGCACGUCUCGGGCUUUCGGAAGCCAUGGGGACAGCCAGGCACCCGAGCCACCAGAAUCAUCCCCAGAGAGACACGUGGACUUAACCACAGAUGGUAAUAUUGUUGUGGGGAUCCAGCUGCCACAGAGGGCUGGCCCGUUCGUAGAUAUGAAAGGUUUUGCUGAUGUGGGUUCUUACUGUGAGUUUUCUGGGCUGAAAACGGUGGUCGCUGCUUCAGGUGACAGUAAAAAUGUGCAGAAAUCUCUGUACACAAGCCAAAAUGAAGAGAGAAGACCCUCUCUCUCCGUUUCGUUUAGUUCAUCUCACCGAAUGGUGCGUCUGGCCGGCGACGUGGCCGGGAGCUUCCCUGCCUCCUGCGGAAGCUCCAGCGAAAGUGCCGUGACACUGAAAUCGGAGCCGCAGGAGCCUUCGGUGUUGCCAGAUCGCAUGCCGGCUCGGCACUUGGUACAGAGGAAGGCAGAACUGCCAGCUCCAGGGCAGUCUAGUUGUGAGCAAGUCAGGGAUGCUUUCAGAGAGCCGAAGCUCCUUGGAAAUGGUGAGAUGUGCUCUAGACCUGCUCAGGCCGCGACUUUGGUGGUUGGGGUGACUCCAACGAAGAACAGGUUUUCAGUAGUCCCCAAAGUUGCUGGUCUCCAAAGAGCUGCCUCAACAUCUGUCCCCAGCAAAGCUCUGAAGUUCAGGAAAGCUAAUUACACGUGGGUCGCAAACCCUGGCAAAUGCUCUCGUCCUGUGAAGAGAUGGGUCAGCCCUAGAGCUUCUGAAAGUGCUAAGAAGGUUGCCGGUGGAGCAGACAGAGGUGCUAAACUAUCGCCAAAAGCAGACUUGGGAGCAAAGCUGAAGAAAUCGGGACUGCAGUCCAAACUGGGUGUUUCUCCCAGCAAGUAUAAGUGGAAAGCCUCCAGCCUCCAGACCUCACCGUCCACCUCCAAGUCAGCGUUCAGGUGGCGAUCCGAGGAUCAGAAAAAGCCUCCAGCCCCCAGCCUCCCUCGAGCUGGUGUCCCACUGCCUCCGAGUGCUGCGUCUGUUGGUCUCGGCGAGGUGAAGUCCUCCUUCGGCGAUGCCACGCUCUCCAGUUAUAAAGUGAAGAGUCGGACAAAAAUCAUCAAGAGAAAAGGAAACUUGGGUUCCCCGACAGAUAAGAAGAGCAGCUCCUCGCCCACCGCACCUCUGAAAAGCCACUUCCAUCUCAGGAAGAAAAACUCCUUGCGGGGGAAACCUUCUGCGACCCCGAAACGCUCCUCGCCCAAGGGCCUGGUGCAGAUCACCAAGCACAGGCUCUGCAGGCUGCCGGCCGCCAGGAUGCAGGUCUCCACCAAGGAAG